ACCCACAAUGAUAAAAUAAUCCCACCAGACGACGACGACGAAGACGAGGAAGAAGAAGAAGAAGAAGCAGAAGCAGAAGCAGAAGCAGAACCGUUCGUCGCUGCGCUGCGCUGGUGAAGAAGAAAUUAAUAGGACUCUCUCUCUCUUCUCUCUCACUCUGAAAUGGCUUCUCUCUGCAACCUCACCAGCAGCUCACUCCUCAGCCAGUCUCUCUUCAGUCCAUCUUCUCUUUCAGUCACUCGAACUCCUCCCUCUCCCUUCUCCAUUUCCAGUUCAAAGUCAUCAUCUCCGAAGAGCGUCGAACAUGGUGACGAUGGGGACUGCGAGCUGAAAAUUACCUCCCCAAAUAAGAGACUUUCGGAGCAAUCUUCUUGGGAAGCUAAGGACGCCCUUGGCAGAGACUACCUCUUCCGCCUAGGGCAAGAGGCCGACAACAUGAACAUCGCUGUCGGGGCAAGAGCUGGAGUGAUCGAUGACCUCUUCGCCGGCAAUUUUCUUGGAAAAGAUUCCGACAUAGUCUUCGAUUACCGUCAGAAGGUGACUAAGUCAUUCGAGUACCUCCAAGGGGAUUAUUACAUCGCUCCUCUCUUCAUGGAUAAAGUUGUAUGCCACAUUGUCAAGAAUUUCAUAGCUCACCUGCUCAAUGUCAAAGUUCCUCUUAUACUAGGUAUCUGGGGAGGAAAAGGGCAAGGGAAGUCGUUUCAGACUGAACUAAUCUUCCAAGCCAUGGCAGUUGAGCCCAUUAUCAUGUCUGCUGGGGAACUCGAAUCAGAAAGAGCUGGAGAACCAGGCAAAUUGAUACGGGAACGCUACAGGACAGCUUCUCAAGUGAUACAGAACCAAGGCAAGCUGAGCUGCUUAAUGAUCAAUGAUAUUGAUGCUGGACUCGGUCGAUUUGGAAACACCCAAAUGACAGUCAACAAUCAAAUUGUUGUUGGGACACUGAUGAAUUUAUCGGACAAUCCUACAAGAGUUAGCAUUGGACAAGAUUGGCGAGAAUCUGAUAUCACAAAGAGGGUGCCCAUUAUUGUCACUGGAAAUGACUUUUCAACUAUCUAUGCUCCCUUGAUACGUGAUGGAAGGAUGGAGAAAUUUUACUGGCAGCCUAACCAUGAAGAUAUCGUGAAUAUUGUUCACAGAAUGUAUGGGAAGGAUGGCAUAUCGAAGGAAGAAGUUGUAAGUGUUGUCAACACCUUCCCUAGUCAAGCUUUGGACUUCUACGGGGCUCUUAGGUCCCGAACUUAUGACAGGUCCAUUUUAAAGUGGAUUGAUGAUAUUGGGGGAAUUGAGAAUCUUGGAGCGAGACUUCUGAAAGGAAGAAAAGAUGAAGAGUUUCCGGUGUUCACUCCGCCACAGUAUUCGAUAGAGAUGAAGCAAUGGGCUUUCUUUCUUGCAUGGAAAUUUUGUGCAGCAAACGGUGGAGGCGUUACUUGAAUCAGGGCAUUCUCUUUUGAAAGAGCAGCAGCUGAUAAUGGAGAAUAAGCUCUCGAAGGAGUACAUGAAGAACAUGGAUGAUUAGAAAAAAAAAAAAAAGGCUAGCAAGGCAGUUCUUCGUUGCUGCAAUGUUUUUGCUGUUAAUUCUCAUGAUUUCCUUCAUGAGAUAACAGCGGCACUUAGUAGUGUCUAGCGAGCAUGGUUUAAUUAGUUUAUUCGUUGUUGGUAACAUUAUCCUUGAAAGCUCAUUGUGGUUUAGAUCCUUUAAUUUAAGUUGGUCAUGGCUUAUAUAAGAUCUCAGUAUAAACAUUAGAUGAAGAUGAUUCCUUGUUGGUUACUAUAUAAAAUAUCUUUUAAAAUUUUUUUAAAAAAAAA